AGCAAAAGGCCCAGAUCACUUUCUUUUUCCAAUUUGCAUCGGCUAUUUGCAACCUUGAGUGAGCUCUACAGCUCUGCUUAAAACCCUAACUCAGAAUUUAUCGCCAACCAUAAAAUUUUCUCGCGAAAAUCCCAAUUCUAGCUAGAAAAAGGAGAAAGAAAAUAUCAUGGGAACGCACACGCCAAACCUCGAGUGCCGGAUGUACGAGGCCAAAUACCCGGAGGUCGACAUGGCGGUUAUGAUUCAGGUGAAGAACAUCGCCGACAUGGGCGCAUACGUUUCGCUGCUUGAGUACAACAACAUCGAAGGCAUGAUUUUGUUCUCUGAGCUCUCCCGCCGUCGGAUUCGUAGCGUUAGUAGCUUGAUCAAGGUUGGCCGCAUCGAGCCCGUCAUGGUCCUCCGUGUCGAUAAAGAGAAAGGCUACAUCGACUUGAGCAAGAGGAGGGUUAGUGAGGAGGAUAUUCAAGCCUGUGAGGAGAGGUAUAAUAAAAGCAAGCUUGUUCACUCUAUUAUGCGUCAUGUCGCUGAAACUAUGGGCAUUGAUUUAGAGGAAUUGUACAUCCAUAUUGGAUGGCCUUUGUACCGGAAAUAUGGUCAUGCUUUUGAGGCAUUCAAAAUCAUUGUAACUGAUCCUGAUUCAGUUUUGAAUUCUCUCACGCGUGAGGUUAAAGAAAUUGGCCCUGAUGGACGGGAGGUAACCAAGGUAGUGCCUGCUGUGUCAGAGGAAGUCAAAGAAGCUUUGGUGAAGAAUAUUAGGAGAAGAAUGACCCCACAACCACUGAAGAUUCGGGCUGAUAUUGAAAUGAAAUGUUUCCAGUUUGAUGGGGUUCUUCACAUUAAGGAUGCAAUGAGGAAAGCCGAAGCUGCAGGCAAUAAAGAUUGUCCUGUGAAAAUAAAACUGGUUGCUCCUCCACUUUAUGUCCUUACCACUCAAACCCUAGACAAGGAGCAAGGCAUAUCAGUUCUUAACAAGGCAAUUGCUGCUUGCACCGAGGCAAUAGAGCAGCAUAAGGGGAAGCUCGUUGUGAAGGAGCCACCGAGAGCUGUGAGUGAACGAGAUGAUAAAUUGCUUGCGGAGCACAUGGCUAAACUACGAAAUGACAAUGAGGAGGUUAGUGGUGAUGAGGAUAGUGAAGAAGAAGAAGAUACAGGGAUGGGAGAUGUUGAUGUGGAAAACUCAGGUCCUGGCAUAAUGGAGUAAGUAAAGAUGGUCACAUGUUUUUGUUUGAAUCCAAAUUUUUGAACAAGCAUUAUGGCGGUUGUAAAAAACUAAUUGCGCAUAUUGUAUUGUUGAGCUGUUUUUUCCAAAAUACUGGAUCAUUGAGAAGGUUUUAGUGGAGCAUACAGGGUACCUUAAUACUAUUGUGCAAUAAUUGUCUUUCUCCCUCCCCUUGGUUUGUAUUGUUAUUGCCCUUGUCUUUUAAUGAUUAAUUUCUUUA